AUGAGCAAAUCAGACUAUGGUGUGCAUGAUAUAAAAGAAGCAGACAAACAUAUCGAAAAUGUCCUGGUAUCGAGUAGCCUCGAUAAAGAAGAAAGUGUUGCAGCUGCUAAAACAAACGCCAAUGUUGAUGAUUAUAUCUCCAAAUUCUUGGAGAUGUCGGAAGACGCUCGUGCUGACGAUC